AUGUCAAUAUAGGGAUAACUUUUGAAUCCCUUUUGGAAAACUAAAAUCUGCAAUUUCUAUCUGCAGGGCUAAUGCAGAAACAUUACUGAUUGCAAUUAUGCGCAUUUGAAGAGGAGCUAAGAGAUACUACUCGUCAAGCAUAUCAAUCAAUUUAAAACAUCCUUAAAUUAUAAGAUCCGGUUUAUAGAUUAUAAUUACUAAACUAUAAUGCUUAAUUUCAAAAGAACUUGUUGGAACAUGCCAAAACAAUCUUUGAUUAAAUUAGGAAAAUGGAAUAUGCAUGAUGAAGCUAAAUUAUUGAUAUUUUAAAAAGAAAUUGAAUAGGCGACAUUUAAAAUAAUCGAAAUAAUCGAGAAAAACAUUAAGAAAUUAUAAGUAAAAUUAAGGAAUCGUUUGAGAUCCCUUAAAUAAAAUUUCCAAUUACUUCUAAAAACCCCCAGAAGAUAUCGAAAAAAAUGA